AAUACAGCAUGCACUGCAGCAUUUACAUUUUAUUGUUUGUAACUUGUUGAGAUUUGUAUGCGGAGUUAUAAUUGACGACAAUAUCAGUUAUCUUACACACUGCUAUUGACAAACAUCUAGCUUGACCAAAACAACCGAAAAUUUCACCACACCAUCAUCAUUUUCUGAUGACUUCAAGCAAAAUCUACACACACAAACAUUUUAAACCACAGGCAGUGUGUCUGUUUUUACAAAUUUUGCAACCGCAAAAGAAACUGUAUAAGACAUCUUAAAAAUGUCCAAGUACCCCACUAAAGAGAAUCCUGCCCCCUCAGGUGACGUCACAUCUGAAACUGCAGCUUUUUUUUCUACAAUGGUGAGGGGAAAUGACACUGGACCGAAUGGGGUCAGACCGGAUAUAUUAAUUAACAUGCAUAACAGAAGCGUAAGUUUUGUUUUUUUAUUUUGGACUCUAGUUGGAUAAUAAAACAAGCAACUUGAACAGGAGACAUUUGCAAGCAGGACUUCAAAAGAUGUUUCAUAAAAGUGUUUUAGAGGUAGGCUAUGCGCACACACACACACACAAUGUCAGUGUAUUACACAGAACAGCUUUCACAGCCGAUGUUAAAGUCAUGAAGCUGUUAUUUGAGGGUUGGUUUUCUCAGAAUGUGUGAGGCUAAAUUCUUAUGACCAGCUUUAGGACUGUGAUGAAAGUGAAAGUAGUUCAGUCUGUAACUCAGACAAAUGUUUACAAUCUCUGAUAACCGAACACUGCUCCAGCGGCUCUUCCUCUUCUUUAAGGAAGACUUUUUUGGCGUAUUCCUUUGGGCGGAGAUUAUUAAAAGAACUCGGAAUAGUGACAUCAUGAGCACGGGAAGUAGAGGACUGUAGUCCAGACUUUCUCUGUAGUCCUCUUAAAGACAAUACCUCGCUUGGCACUGAACUUUGAGCUUUAUCAUAUUGCAGAUAUUAUUUAUGUUCUUACAGCAACAUUACACACUAACUAAAGGUUGAGAAUGUGCUCUUUAAAGUUGUUUGAAGCAUCUUACUAUUUUGUGAUAUCAAGAGACCACAUUAGUUCUACACAUAGAUUUGUUUUGCUUUACAUCAGCUGUGUAUUUAAACACUUCAUGAACAGCAGGUGUCAUCACUAAAGAUCAAUCUUCACUUGUUAAGUGAAUUCAAUUGAUAAAUGAAAUGCAUUAUUAAAUUAACACUUAACACCAGAAAAACUGUGGUUCAGUGUAAAUGUGUACUACCAUACACUCUCGGAAAAAAGGUACAGAAUGGUACAAAAAAAGUUCCUUGAAGAACUAUUUUGUACCUUUUCAAUAAUUGUACCCCUAAUGGUACAAGAAAGUCCUCUGAUGAUACUGUUCGGUACCUUUUAAGGUACAAUUGAUAUUAAGGUACAUAUUUGUUAUCACAUCAAGGGUACAGCACCCUUAAUUGAUAGAUAUCUCAUUUUUAUUAAACAGACACAAGCAUAUGAUAUGGACAUUUUUUUUCUAAAGUUAGGGGUAAUUCCUGUAUAAAAAUAUGAUACAACAUUUGAUUUUAGCUAAUUGACUUAAAAGUUCGUUAUAAUUUCAGUUGUAAUACAAAACACUGACAAUAUUAUUUAAUGAGUAUUAAGUGUGUAUUGUGAUAUAUAAAAAUACCUAUGACAGUUUUAAAUAAAUGCUUUUAUAAUAUAUGAGAAUAUAAAUUCGCAUAAAUACGGCCACAAUUAUUUGCAAGCAUUAUUGGUUGCUAUGUUAAUUAUUAGGCAUAGCAACAACACGCCGAUUGGCCGAUGUUAACCGCUGCAUAUUGUUCCAGAAUUUUCAGUCAGAGUUGAGAGCGGGAAGCAGGUGUUGGAUGCGAGUUUCUUGGUGUCUGUUUUAUUCCAAAAUAACCGAGUUUCAAUUUGAUUUAUCAAACUGUAAUUGGACAAAACUUGAAGGUGAGUUUUUAGGUUUAUGGUUCUAUUUAGUUCUCUAAAUGUCAGUCACCCGGUUAAAUUUGGGCAUUCACGUAACGUCAGGCCUACGUAUGUACCCAAUGCUGUUAGAUUUAUUUUGAGCAUUCCUGGACAUUUAAUAACUUUAAAAUUAGGUUAUCGCGGGUGCAUACACAUUAGGGUGUUGACUUUAACCAAGAACUUCGUUAACCAUUUGGUAUAGUAGCAAACCAUUCGAGAUUGGCCGAAGUCAUCGCCGCCAUUACGGAAUUUCCGUCAGAACGGAGAGCGGGAAACCGAUCACAAGCAUCACCUCAGCGAUGGCUUUGGCAUCUUUAUCAUCAGAUGAACUUCUUUUAAAAUUAACAGAGGCUGGGCUUGAAUUAUCAGAGGAAGAGAAGAGGAAAUUCAAAGGUAAGUUUUAUGUUACGUGUUAGUUUGCCUCACGUUUUAAAUACGGCGGCACAUACUGUUAAUUGAACAGCUUUACACGAAUGUCUAGUGAGGUGCAGUGUUGGUUUAAAGUAAGUUGCCUUCACGUGCUAUCGGAAUUCAGUAAAGUUGCACAUGGAAGCCCAAUUGAAGUAGGCCAUUCGACCCAUGAUUAUGACUUCAGAAGUAGGAAUUAUGAAUUUUCUGACGGCACGUGAGAGCACUAGUAUGUUGUAGGGAUGCAACAAUUCUGGGUAUAAUGCUAGAACGGUUAGUUACGGCAUCCAUUGUCAAAAAUGCAUGGCAUGUCGCACGUGAUCGGUCUGUGAACUGGCACUUUCCCUUGAUCCAGUCAGGGGCGGUAUGCUACCUUGUGAAACUUUGCUGCCUUCAUAUAAAAAAUUAUUAAGAUCUGAUCUGGCAGCAUCCUCAGCUGUGAGGCAAGUAACAGUAUUUUUCUUAAAAUUAUUUUUUUUUAUCAGAAAAGGUUGAAUUUGUAUUUCCUUAGAUUUUGUCAUAAAAACAAGUGAUCUGAGUGUUGAUAAAGAACGGUUCACCUUGCUUAUUCACAAAAAUACAAGUUAAACAUACUUGGUAGAUUCCAAUACCGGUUAAUGAUUUAAUUUUCUAGCAAAUUAAUAACAGGUUGUAUCAAAACAAUUAAAAGUUAUUUCACUGGGUUUAUAUCUUUUUGACAUACUUUAUGAAAAUGUCCAGCACACCAGGUUAAAAAAUAAGAUGAUAAUAUUGAUGAUUUUGGUCACAAUAACUGUGGUGUUAUAUUUUUUUCAUGAUUCUGCAUCAUUCCCCUCUCUAAACAGCCAAGAUCAAAGAACCCCAGCCCCAUUUCCUUCAGUGUUCUCAUUACCAAAAUUCCCAUUGGACGUUCAGUCAAAACUGGAUAACAAAGAGCCCUGUCAUAAGAUCAGCUCUUACCGGCAUAAAAUUAUAAGAGUGCUGCAAGAGUCUAUGGCUCAGCACACACUGUAAGUAAAAAAAAAUAUAGAAAUGCCAAAAUUCCUGUUGUAAAUUUGCACACUCUUUCCUUUUGACAGCUAUCCUUCAAACAGUGACUAUGUUUCUGUAGUCAAGGCUCUACCCUCAAAAUACCCUUUCCUGAGAGAUGCAGAGGGAAAUGGAUAUCAUACGUGGCACAUGUCUCUAAAAAGAAAAUUCAAAACGGAUCGAUCCCCGAUUGUUAAUGAAUAGGAGGUUAAGAAGAUAAAAGUGAAAUAUGGCCACGGUGUAAAGAAACCUGUAGAAAAAGAUGAUAGUUUUCAAAGAACCAGCAGAUCUGUGGUAGAUGAAGACUGUUUCCCUUCUAUUGGUGAGGAUGCUACUUCAAUUAAUGCUCAUGUGAAGACCUUACAGGACCAGUACAAGAAGACCCAACCAGAUGCUGGAAUAGUGGAUGAAAAAAUUAAACUAACAUUUGCCUGGAGGAGGAGGGAAAUAGUGAAUGGCACUCCUGUUGCUGAGAUUUUUCAAAUAUAUCCCUUCCUCAGGACUCCUUCAGUUCUAUUCCAGGAAAUGGGCCGAAUGCAUGAUGUAUCUGAUUUAAGCCGGCGCUUCCAGGUUUCCUUCAGCAAAAUUGUGCCCAGUGUGUUGAGGAUGGCAAAGGGGAAAUCUGCUAUAGAAGCACAGUACAUGGAUGCCAGAGAAGAAGCUGUAGCAGAGAAUCUUUGUGAUAUGGAUUUCCGAGCUGCUCUGGUAUUACUUCCAGUGAUAUUCAGGGAGAAAGUGGACAAUUAUGUCAUAAUUGGAGUCGGACAGGAUGAACCAGCUACACCAUAUCCCACUGUGCAGAUUUUGGGAACUUCUAACUGGAAACAGGUCUUCAGUGAGAAGAGAGUCUUCACCACUGUGAAAAUGGAGGGAUCUGAAAUCUGCCAAGCAGUUGGGGUUGAGGAUGGAGUUCUUUCUGCUUUUUGUUCGUAUUUUGUCUUCAACCUUGCGUAUCCCUCGCACAACAGGAAUACCCUGCUCUUUCUCCAGAGGCAUGUGUUGAAGGUAACGACACUUGGUGACAAGCCAUUGCCAACUGCUGUUGUUAGGAUUAUCAAUCUUUUAUUCUAGACCCCGAUGAUGCCACGGCCCUAUUCUUGUCCAAAGUGUUCACGUCGACAUUUUACAGCAGUAAAACUAAUUAAACAUAUAGGCUUGAUUCAUGCUCACGAUCCUAAUUUUUCUAUCUGCUGUGGACUUGACGAGUGUCAGCGUUUCUUUUGCAAAUACGAGUCUUUCAGGCGUCACGUAUAUAGAAAACACAGAACUCACAUUUGGCCAAAUGAAAGGAAUGUCACUGGAGAGGUUGAAGUUGACAUAAGUGACAGUGAAGACAACACGGACAAUGAAGUCAACAAUGACACAGCAGAGGAUGCAUCUCAAGAUGUUGUCCCAAACAUGAAUGAUCUUCUGACUAAUUUCCGAGCAAAUCUUGUUUCGUUUGUGUUGAAAUGCAGAGAAAAAAACAUCCUACCACAGUCUGUUCAGCAGGAAAUUUUGGACGAUGUUAAAUUUCUGUUUAGUUUCUUCAAAGAAAACUAUGAUUCCUUGCUUAUUCACCAUUUAAAGCAGAAUGGAUUUAAUAUCGAAGACAUUCCUGAACUUGUCGGCCAUUUACAAUCAUUUGACUUUUUUUCUGAGGCCUGUAAAGUGAUAGACACUGAACACUUGUUUAAAGCAUACUGUGUAUCACAUUUGGACAUGAUAGAACCUGUGCAACAUACUUUAUGUUAACGGUCAUAAGAUUGGACAUUUUGCUUAUGUUCCCAUCACCGAUGUUCUCAAAAAGUACUGCAGCCAUGAGGAUAUAUGGGAUUCUAUAAAGGGCCCAACAUAUUCAGCCAAGGGAUGAGCAUGUGCUGAGAGACUACAGUGAUGGAAUGUACUUCAAGGAACAUCCAUUCUUUGCCAAACAUCCAGAUGCAUUAAGGCUGCACUUCUAUGAGGAUGAAUUUGAAGUGGUUAAUCCUCUAGGUUCUAAAAGAAACAAACACAAAGUGUGUGCCAUCUACUACACUGUUGGCAAUAUAGAUGUAAAAUAUAGGUCUCAGCUAAAACAUAUUCACCUUGCCUUACUCGUUAAGCAUUCAAUGUUUAAGCAGCAUAUGGACAUAAUUCUAAAACCAUUGUUGGAUGAGUUAAAAUUACUGUCAACUGAUGGAUUUGAUUUGAAGUUCAGUGAUGAGACCUUCAAAGUGUUUGCUGCUCUGGCAUCUAUCUCUGGGGACAAUUUGUCGGCGCACAUGAUAGGGGGCUUUACCAUGUCGUUUAACUCUGGUCGGAUAUGCAGAUACUGUAUGGCAACUCACUCAAGUAAGAAUGAGUUUUUCUGUGAAGAUAAGUUUAUUCUCAGAACUUCAGCUGUCCAUAAGUAUCACUUGGAUUCCAUCAAGGAAAACCCCAACAACACUGCUAUAUAUGGUGUUGAGAGAAUUUGUCCAUUUGAUGAACUAAGUUACUUUGAUGUGACGAAAGGAUCGCCUCCUGACUUGAUGCACGACUUGUUAGAAGGUGUAAUACCAUUAGUAGUCAAACUAGUUUUGUGUAAGGCACACCGAGAUAAGCAUAUGACUAUACAGGAAGUAAAUGCUGAACUGAGUCAAUUUUCCAUAGGUCAAAAUGAUAGAGCAAACAAACCAUCCCAGCUUUCAGAGAAAAUUUUACAUAAUUCAAAUAUCUCAGGGUCAGCCUCACAGAAAUGGUGCCUAUUUAGGAUUUUACCCUUUUUGAUCGCACAACGCAUACCACCCUGUUCCAAGUAUUGGAAUGUCUGCCUUCUAUGUCGAGAAAUUACAGAUAUUGUGAAUUGAGAAAGCCUUUCGAUUCUUGACCUGAAAGUGAACGAGUUCUUGCAAGAGUUAAAAGAUGUAUUUGAUGUCAUCACACCAAAGUGUCAUUAUCUUAUACAUUACGCAAGACUUAUUUCAUCUUACGGUCCGCUGCGCCCUCUGUGGUGUAUGCGUUUUGAAAGCAAGCAUUUGUAUUUUAAGAAUGUUUCAAGCACCUGUAAAAACUUCAUGAACAUCACUGCUUCUUUAAGCAAAAGACACCAAUUCAAACAGUGUUGGGAGUCUUCAUCCAGAAGCAUGCUGGGUGAAGCUCUUUUACCCAAAGAGCUUCAAAAUACAUUGAAAAGCCACAAAAAAUGUCAAGCCAUAGAUUUUGCUGCUAAAACAAUUCAUUGUGUAAAAGAGGCUUGUCUUAACAAUGUAAAGUAUGCAACCAAAGAUGUUUUUGUUGUUGAUGUUGUGCAUACAGAGGAAGUUCCAUUAUUCUUUCAGGUCAAGUAUGUCUUCAACAUAGACACGUUGUGGGUACUGUGUGGAAAACUGUUACUUCCACAUUUGUUUGACUCUCAUUUUCAUGCAUUUCAUGUUUCAUUUGACAAGGACUGGUUUUGUAUGAUGCCAGGAGAUGAAUUGGAAUACCAGGCACUUGACCUUUAUAUGGUUGAUGAUGUUUUGUAUGUGGGAGCCAGAUAUGUGUAGUUAAUUAAUAGUAGAAUUGUUACAAUGUUUUUUGGUUGUUUUUCCGUAAACAUUGCAUUAGUUUGUAUUAGAAAUAAUUUAUGCUUUAAAUUUUAAAAUUGUAAUGUAAUUGUAACUGUUUAAAUUGUUAUGUUAAUGGUAUAGUUCAGGCGAAAAUCCUCUUAUCAUUCACUCCUCCUCAAGUAGUUCCAAACCUGUAUACAUUUAUUUGUUCUGCUGUACUCAAAGGAAGAUAUCUGGAAGAAUGUCCUUAACCAAACAGAUCUUGCAGCAUUCACUGUGAUAGUAUUUUUUUUCUACUAUGAUAGUCAAUGGUGGUCUAGACCUGAUUGGUUCAAUAGCAUCUGGCUGCAGACGAGAUGCACUGUCAGACACAUGCACUCUCAGCCGCGCAUGCGCACUUGUCACAUGCACUCUCAGCCGCACAUGCGCACUCGUCACAUGCACUCUCAGCCGCACAUGCGCACUCGUCACAUGCACUCUCAGCCGCGCAAGCGAACUCGACACAUGCACGCUCUUACGUAUUUCACGAGGUGAACUGUACGGUUCUAUUAAUAAAAUGUGAAGGUUACUGCUUUUUAAGAGUACCGUGAAUACUGGUGGUUCGGGACAAGGCCUGGUAUUUAUUAUAAUUAUAGCUGAAAUACAUUAAUGAACAUCUACACUAAUAAUUUUUUGUGGGUUCGAUACCAGGGGAUUGCAAAUACCUAUGUAAAAUGUAUAGGAUAAAGCAAUGUAAGUCGCUUUGGAUAAAAGUGUCUGCCAAAUGCCUAAAUGAAUACAAUGAUAAUGAAAAUACAUAACUAAU